AUGGGAUCUCUGACUCCCUCAGCAAACGUAGCAGAUAUGAAUCUGAAGAUAACUCAUAUAGAAUGCCAUCGCGAAAGCUUGGUUAUAAUGUUCCAGGGUCAAUACAAGGCAGGAUGUGAGCUUGACUAUUACAUACUACAAAAUGAAAUACAACGUGUAUCUAAAGUAAAAGACAAUGUUUAUGUUGGUGGAUCUUGUUUGGUGGAAGACACAGAAGGAAAAUGGCACAGAGGAAGAGUUCUGGAAAAGAGGGAGAAUAUCUGUGAGGCUUUUCUUAUAGAUACUGGUCAAGUUCUAGUGGUUGAGGAAACACAUCUUGCUUCUGCUUGUGAUGAAUUUUUUCAGCUGCCUCCAAAGGUGGUUUUGGGUGUUUUUGCAAGCAUACUUCCUCUUGGAGAAAAAUGGGAUCCAAAAGCCAUUAACUAUUUUUCAUCUCUGGUAGGAUUGCAGAUUGCAGGUCAUGUGAAAGCUGUUUUGCCGUACCAACUGUUUAUUCUACAAGUGCCAAAGGUCAUUGAUGAUGUUCUUGAACUGAAGUUGGGAAAAUUUAUUGAUGGAGAUUCAUUUUGUCUUAUUGUGGAAAUGUUAAGAGCCUUUCCCAAAGAAAUGCUUUGUAAGAGAGUGCCACAAUUGUUGCAACAGAGAUAUUCAUUCAAGCAGUUGCUUACUUUCAUCAAUUCUGAGAAACGAACAGAUUUUUGGCCAGAUCCAGGUGAUCUCUUUCCACGUCUGCCUGUUGGCAGUAAAGAAAAUGUAAAAAUAACUGUUGCAGUAAGCCCGAAUAAAUUUUACUGUCAGAUACAGAAAUGGCAGAAAGAGCUGGAAGAUUUGACAGGAGCUAUGCAUUUGUACUAUGAAGCUAUUAGUACAGAAAAUAAUAAAUCUUUUGAUAGUUUAGGGCUACUCUGUGCUGCCAAAAGGCAAAAUGGACAGUGGCAUAGAGGAGUGAUAAAACAGCUUCUCUCUGACCAUGUGGAAGUCUGGUUUAUGGAUUUUGGUGAUAUUGAAGCUGUGCCGUCUAGUUGCGUUCAGAAACUGAAAGUAGAGUUCAUGGCAUUACCAGUUAUUUCAUUUCCGUGUGCGCUGUCUUGUCUUGGUAGUCAGGAUGAAACAGUAAUAAAAAUUCAGCUGAAAGAACUUAUACGGGCCUUGAUAGGACAAACUUCUGUGUGUGUCUGUGUUGAUUUAUUCAAUGACAGUAAAUACUUGUAUUACGUUACACUGCAAAAUCAAAAUAUUGAAAUUCAUGCUAAGCAUCCAGAAAACCUGAAUGAGGCAGCUGCAUCAUGUGUCUCGCUUUCGGAAACAAAAAUCACAAGUGUUGCUGUAAACUACAAACCAUGUCAUGAGAGAUACAAUUCAUUUAAGAAUUGUACUGUAAAUAAACAUACAAAAAACUGCUUACCUGAAUGGGAUAUUUCUUUGCCAAGCCACUGCAAGAAAACAGAAAUGCAAGUGAAUUCUUUCCAUACUGCUUUAGUAGUAUAUGUCAUAAAUCCAUCUAACUUCUGGAUUCAAACAUGUGAAUAUGAGAAUGAAUUUCAAGCCUUGAUGAAAAAUAUUGCAGCUGCAUAUGACCGAUGUGGAGCUGAUGAAAUGGUCCUUAAAAACCCGGAACCUGGAUUGCUGUGCUGUGCCCGGUAUAGCAAAGACAUGCUUUUUUAUCGUGGUGUUGUCAUUGAAGUGCUUUGUGGAAAUAUAACAGUUUAUUUUUUGGACUUUGGAAAUACAGAUACAGUACCCUGUUGUGAUGUGAAAACAUUGCUUCCUGAGUUUUCUGAUUUACCAGCUUUAGCUAUGUGUUGUGCCCUUGCUUGUACGUUUUCUGUUGAUGAUAUGUGGGUUAAAAAUGAAAUUGAUUUUUUUAAAGGCAUUGUGUUUAACAGACCGCUCCUGCUUCAUGUCAUUGGAAAGCAAAACAAGAAGUAUAUUGUUAAUGCACAGUAUAAGAAUGGUUUGCAGCAACAAAAUGUUGCCACAUGUAUGGUUCAAGCUGGGUAUGCACAAUAUUGGGAAAAGCCACCAGAUUCUGUUCUAAAUUUAGCAAAAAAAAGUCAAGCAUGGAAUCCCCACAAAUUAAAAAAAAAAGUAAAUGCACAGAGCAAAUGUGCUAUCUCUGAAAGGUCUAAACCGGUAUGUGAGAAGAAAAUAUUUUAUAAAGAGUUUGUGUUUAAACCAGGAGCUGUUUUUGAAGUGGUGUGUUCUUCCUUUGUUUCCCCAGCAGAUUUUUCAUGUCAGUUGCAAAGUAAACUGCCAGAGUUAAAUACCUUAAUGGAACAAAUUCAGAAUUACUAUAAAGAACAUACCAAUCCUUACAAAACUGGACAGGUUGCCUGUGUUGUUAAAUGUCCCAAAGAUGGGAAGUGGUACAGAGCAACUGUUGUGCAGCAAGUAUCCACAAACGAAGUUGAUGUGGUUUUUGUAGACUAUGGUUAUCGGGAAAGAGGUUUACUUAAAGAUCUUCAAGCUGUUCUUCCAGAUUUCCUAACUCUGGAAAGUCAGGCAUUUAGAUGUGGACUUAAAAAUGUACCCUUACAGACUGACUCACUUAAUUGGUCUGAAGAAGUGCAUAGACAUUUUGAAGACUUCAUUUCUGCUUCUAGAGGACCACUGACUUGUAUCAUUUAUGCUCUUGUUCUUGUAAGCCCCCACUGUUUAUGCAAUAUAGUUGACUUACAGACUCCAUUUUCUACUGCAGAGGAAUUCCUCAGAGAACAUGGUCUCACUCAGCCUGAAUAUAUUGGUCUGAGAAACCUUGCAUCUCUGGGUUCUCUGUAUAGUUUUUGCUACUCAUCUUUUAAUAUAAAAGUUGGAAGUGAGGAGGAGGUUUAUAUAACUCAUAUACGUAGUCCUUCAAAAUUCUAUUGUCAGCUCAAUCGAAACACUGAAACUAUAGAGGCAUUGAUGAAGGAGGUUAGUGUCUUAAGUACAAUGUCAAAUAAAGCAAAAUACAAUGCUAGCACUACACGACUAUGUAUAGCCAGGUAUUUUGAAGAUGGUCUCUUUUAUAGAGCUUUGGCUUUUCCUGUGGAAUCGACAUCCUAUGUAUGUGCUGACUUUGUGGAUUUUGGAAAUAUGAGUAUGGUAGAGAGAGGCCAAUUGAUACCUAUUCCAGACUCCGCCACUGACCUAAUAUUCACACCCAUGCAAGCUAUUAAGUGUUACCUGUCAGAUCUUAGGGAGAGAAAAAUUCCAGCACAAGUUACUAGAUGGUUUGAGGAGACAUUCCUUGGUAAACUGCUGAAGGCUGUAAUUGUAUCCAGAGAAUCAAACGGACAGAUUGUUACGGAGUUGUAUGAUGGACAGCUCAAAGUAAGUCAGAAAGUUAAAGAAAAAGUGAAUUCUGAAGUAGCGGGAUAUAUUUCUCAUAUGAAUAGUCUAUCAAGUUUCUAUGUUCAGCUUGCAGAGGAUACAAACUCAAUAAUAAAACUAGAAAAAGAAUUAAAUGAAAGCAUGGUGAAUAUAGGUCAUGAAAAUUGCUUACAUGAGCUCAUGGUGGGGGAUCUCAUUGUAGCAGAGGAUAGCAUUGAUUGUUUUUACUAUAGAGCAGUUAUUAAGGCUCUGAAGUCAGAAAACUCCUUUGAGGUAGAGUUCAUUGACUAUGGUAAUGUAGCAGUUGUAAGUCUUUCAAAAAUCUGCAGCAUUCAGAAAAAGUUCUUAAUUUUGCCGAGGCUCAGUGUUCAUUGUUUCCUUAGCAGAGUAAAAAGCAUUCCUGAUGACAGCAGGCUUAAUAGAAAUACUUCCUAUUUUCUAAGCAAAAUAAAUAACAAGCCAUUUGCUUGCAAGUUCUUAAAGCAACAUGGAGAGCGAUGGGAAAUAGAUGUAAUUUGUGAUGGAAAAUCUAUGUCUGAUCACUUUCUGCCAAAAAAAGGCAGGAGGAGGUGGCAAAACACAUCAAGGCAUAAUCGUGAAAAUAGACCAAAACAAAUUCUGGUUCCAAAUGGUAAUCCUCAAAAUAGAAAGUCUGGGAAUGGUUUAGGUAGUCAAAGUAAAACUAAGGCUGUUAGGAUGAAAAAUACUUCCAAAACACUACUAAAUGUCCUUCCUCAAGAUGUAAAUUCUGGACAGGUAGAAAGAGCAAAAGUAGUUAAUAUUUCAGAGAGUGGAGAAUUUCAUGUACAAUUAUGUAGAAAUUUGCAAAUAUUACAUGAGUUAAAUGUAAUGCUUGUCAAAGAAGCACAAAGAGGUGAUUUCCUUAGAGUGGAUGACAUUGAAGAAGGGCUCGAAUGCAUGGCAAAAUUGGAAAGGAACUCGAAGUGGUAUCGAUCAAAAGUGAUAAAGAAAUUUGUCAGGGAGAAGUUAAUGCUGGUCUUUUUCAUGGAUUAUGGCACGUGUGAGAUGGUGUCCUUAAAUUAUGCGAAGAUGCUCAGUGACAAGAUUAAAAGGGUUCCUAAACAAGCUGUGUUUUGUAAAUGGGUUUGGUUUAAAAAACUGAAGAAAAUGGAGUUUGUCCAUGUAGUAAAUGCACUCCUGGAUUGUGGAAUAAUGAUCUUGUUUUUGAGAUAUUUGGAAUCCUCUCAUAUCUGGGAAGUAGAUAUUUUAGUAGAGGAAAUUCUGCUUCAGGAGUAUUUGAAUCAGCUCUUAAGUCAUUGCCAGACUGUUGUUGGACCAGAAAAAUCUGGUAAUACAGAUGGUGAGGAGUUUGAUAAAUCAUUCAAGAUAAAUUCCAUCACAUGGACACUGCUGCAGACUGGCAGAAAGUGUCCUGGGUUUGCAACUGUAGUUACUGAUCCUUCAAACUUCUGCAUCCAGUUUGAAGUCUUACUUGAUUGCAUGAAUAACUUGUCUUUGCUGUUUUCUGACCUUCCUGACAACUUGCCAGCUUUGCCAAAAGAACUUGUGGCUCCUGGUACAAGCUGCUUGAUCAAGUUUGGACUGGAAGCAGAGUGGAACAGGGCAGAAAUUAGUCAAGUAACGAGUCAGUUUGUUGUUCUUACGUUUAUUGAUUAUGGCUUUCUGAAGAACAUCCCUUACUCUGAUAUCCAUAAACUUAAAGUUAUUCCAGAAAGUCUGUCUGUCUUGCCACGCUUGGCACAGUCUUGCUCUUUACAUGAUAUAGUUCCUGCCAAGGGGAAAUGCUGGAGUGAUAAAGCUAAACUUCUGUUUCAGAAGCUUCUUAGUAAACCAGGUUUGAUAUUUCACUUUAAACACUAUGGCUCUGAAAUGAAAUUAGAGGUGGAUGUUCUGUGUGAGCAGAAUAAUGUAGCUCAUGCCUUAAUUGCUGCUGGCCAUGCAGUCUUUUCUGGAAAUAAGUGCUGUGUGGUUCCAGCUGACAGAAUUAAAUCAGAAGAAAAAGAUUUGCAGCCUAAGUGUCCAGAUUCUAGUUAG